AGCUACCAAACGGGAAGCCUUUGAUUCACCAAAAGGCCGGAGUUAUCCGAAACACCAUCCAGUCAUGAGACCCACCGUUCUGUUACCAUUGCACUGUUGAUGUCCAAGUAGAAAGCUGUCAUUAAAAAGAAAAUUCUGACGAUUAAAAAAAAUAAAGGUUUAUUUACAUUGAAAUCACAUUAAAAAAACAUUGCGGAUCAUUCAAUACAUCGUCACAAAAAGUUGCUCCAGAAAGGCACACGGUGUUGAAACGGUGGCUGCGUAAAGUCUACCCCAAAGCCGAUCCGAAUACGUGCAGGGUAAUAACGGAUCGGCCGGCCGCACAGAUCGCUCCUCCAGCAAUAUGUGGGGAAAAUAACAACCACCAUCGUCGGCUUCGGCGUGAGGAAGAAGCAGCUGGAGAGAGAUCGAAAAUGUGGACGGGGCCACGCAUGGCGAAAUGGUUGGAUCGAGAGAGCUGCGCGUUGAGUGGAGGGAGAAAGCAAGUGAGAUGGAGGCGGGGGGAACUUCCAUCUCUGCGGGGACUGGAGCGCCUGUGCCCUGGACCGACGGCGCAGUGCUGGCUAACGUUCAACCCACCCCUUCUUCCACAACGAGACUGACUCACGCCGAGACAGGUAAGCCGCUCAACCGCUUACAUUUACAGCCCGACUGCGUGGUAAACAAUCGCCUUUAUGGUUUACCACCUUAAAUAUAAAGGCGCGUUUGGGAUUGUUUUUUUUGUUGUUAUUGUUUGCUUUGACAUGUUUUUAAAACCGCCUUCAAGGCGAGCCGUUCGCUAGCCUCCACCACGCCGACCACUGUAGGGUACAGACGAGGUCGCCAUACCCGAAUUCCUUGUCCUCUACAGCGGGUAAGAAAUCCUGCUCAAGACCUAGAUUUUGUCGUAAAAAUAUAAUGUUUCUACUCGGUCAUGGUAUGGGCUCAUACGAUUAACUUAAAGGAUACGGGGGACAUUAUUUUAGAGAAUAAACAGGGGUUUUCCGCGUGGGGACCUCCAUGCGGUUGUCGUCGGAACAGCCAUCCGCCUCGCUGGUUAGCCAUCAGGGAUAUCGGUUUAAUAUCUCACCGUACGGUCUCUCCCUCUCUCACCGUGCCAGAAAGACCCAGGAAGGUCGGCGAACCCGCCUUCUGGGGCACCUGGGCUCUUAGCUCGACGAUAUAUUAGUUCGCAACGCGGUGGUCGGGCUUUAAAGCGCGUUUGUGGGUCGCUGUGCGUGCAGACCGCCAUUGGACCUUGACACGAAUACAACAAUAAAUCAAAUGAAUGGAGAUAUGGACACCGCUAUCCCGGACCAAGUUUGGGCCCAGGAUGAUCUUUUCAAACUUCUGGAAUUGAUGAAAAUUGCCCUGCCCCUGAAAGACCUGACCAAAUACAAGACCUCAGAGUCCCACCUGGACUGGGAGAAGGUGGCCUUCAGCUCGUACACCGCAGAUCAAUGCAAGCAGAAGUGGUCGGAGGUCUCCAAGGAGAUCCGCAAGUUCCGGACUCUGACGGAGCUGAUAUUUGACGCACAGGACUACAUCAGGAAUCCCUACAAGGGCAAAAAACUCAAGAAGCACCCAGACUUCCCCAAGAAGCCCUUGACGCCAUACUUCCGCUUCUUCAUGGAGAAGAGGGCAAAGUACGCCAAGCUGCACCCGGAGAUGAGCAACCUGGACCUCACCAAGAUCCUGUCCAAGAAGUACCGCGAGCUGCCGGAGAAAAAAAAGAAGAAAUAUGUGGAAGACUUUGUGAAGGACAAAGAGUCGUUUGGGCUGAGCAUGUCCAAGUUCAGGGAAGAGCACCCGGAGCUGGUUGAGUGCAUGACCAAGAAGGGCUCCAACGUGCCCGAGAAGGCCAGGACCCCCCAGCAGCUUUGGUACACACACGAGAAGAAGGCCUUCCUGAAAACAAACGCUGACGCCACAACCAAAGACAUCAAAGACAGUCUGGGCAAGCAGUGGACCCGGCUCACCGACAAGAAGCGACUGAAGUGGAUCGGGAAGUCUCUGGAGCUGCAGAAACAGUAUGAGGAGACCAUGCGGGAGUACAUCCAGCAGCACCCCGAGCUCAACAUGAACCAGGGCGACUACUCCAAGUCCACCCUCACCAAGGCAGAGCGCCACCUGAAGGACAAGUCUGACGGCCGCCCCGACAAGCCUCCCCCGAACGGCUACUCCAUGUUCUGUGCGGAGCUGAUGUCGAGCAUGAAGGACGUGCCGAGUACGGAGCGCAUGGUGAUGUGCAGCCAGCGCUGGAAGCUGCUGAAGCAGAACGAGAAGGACGCCUACCAGAAGCGCUGCGAGCAGAGGAAGAAGGAGUACGAAAUCGAGAUGAACCGCUUCCUCGGCAGUCUGUCUGUGGAGGAGCAACAGCGCGUGCUGGCGGAGCAGAAGAUGAUCGGCUUUAAGAAAGGAAACGCUCUCGGCAACGCGGCCCCGGCGAAGAGAGCUUCCAGGGCCAAGCAGGCCGGCGCAGAGAAGCCCAAGAGGCCGAUCUCCGCCAUGUUCAUCUUCGCUGAGGAGAAGCGUCCCAAGCUGCAGCAGGAGCGCUCGGACCUGUCUGAGAGCGAGCUCACACGCCUGCUGGCACGCAUGUGGAACGAGCUGUCGGAGAAGAAGAAGGAGAAGUACAAGCGGCUGGAGGCGGUGCUGAAGGCUGAGACGAUGAAGAAGGAGAAGGAGGAGCGAGGCCACCUCCCCGACCCGCCCAAGACGGCCCAGGACAUCUGGCAGCAGAGUGUCAUCGGAGACUACCUGGCCCGCUUCAAGAGCGACCGACCCAAGGCCCAGAAGGCGAUGGAGACCACCUGGAACUCCAUGGAGAAGAAGGAGAAGAUGCUGUGGAUCAAGAAGGCGGCCGAGGACCAGAAGAGAUACGAGAGGGAGCUCUGUGAGAUGAGGUCGCCCGUCACCACCGCCAUCGCCUCGGGGAAGAAGAUGAAGUUCGAGGGCGAGCCCAAGAAACCUCCCUCGAACGGCUACCAGAAGUUCUCCCAGGAGAUGCUGUCCAACGGCGAGCUGAACCACCUGCCCAUGAAGGAGCGCAUGGCAGAGAUCGGCGGGCGCUGGCAGCGCCUCGUCCAGAAGGAGAAGGACCAGUACAAGAAGAUCGCCGAGGAGAAGCAGAGGCAGUACAAGGUGCUGCUGGAGCAGUGGCUGGCGAGCAUUUCCUCGCAAGAACGACACAUCUACAAGGAGUACAACUCGCAGAAGAGGAGGUGCACCGCGAAGCCCGGCGGACCAAACGCCAAAGUGAAGGCCAAGGCCAAGAAGCCGGAGUCUGAGGAAGAAGAGGAGGAGGAUGACGACGACGAAGAAGAGCAGGAGAAGGCUUCCUCUGCGGAUUCGUCUAGCGAGGAGGACGAUGAUGAUGAUGAAGACGAGGAGGACGAUGACGAUGACCAGAACGACGAGGAGGAGGAGGACGACGAAGAGGACGAGGCGGCGGACAAGGAGAACAAGUCUGAGGAGAGCAGCAGCGGAUCGAGUUCCGCCUCGUCCUCGGACUCGGACACGGAGUGAGCGGGGGGGGGGCGCCUCCCCCUCCCCCGUCCGAGAGACUGAGCUGAGUCCAGGGAGCUCUGCCACUGUGCCAACCCCGUUGUCCGCCCCCCCCCAUCCCCCCCCUCCUCCUCCACCACCACCACCAGAGGGCGCUCCUGCGUUGCCUCGUACAUUUCUCCCACACAAACUCUCACCGAUAAAGGCCCUCCCCCUUCCUCGACCCUCUCGCCCCGGGCGAGGGCACCACCACCACCACCUGUCCCCACGUGACCCCGCCUGCCCUGGGGGUGGGGGCCUCUCGUAGGUCCGCUGAGGGGGUGUCAGCCCAGGGGGGCUGAUGGGUAAUGGAGUUUUAUUGGCCGGGGUGAAUAACUUUUCUCCUGGCGUUUUUUUUCUUUUGGUUCUUUGGACGAGGUUAAAACGGUUUGACAUCUGAAGUGGGGCGUGGGCGGUGACCGGGGUCCGCGGGGCCAACGACCAUAUCGACGAUGGUGACUUGGUUUUGGGGCGCCUCCAGGCCAUAAACAAAAAUAUUGCACUCUUCAGAAUGUGUCCUUGAAUCUUUGUUUUUAGAGCCUGUGUUUUUUUUUUUUUGUCCUUUUUCAACUUCUAGUGACGUAGUUGUUGCCAUGUGGGAUCUGGAAGAGGUUGUCUUUUCAGGAAAAAUCAAGCCAUGAUGAAUGUCUUUAACUCUUUCUCUUUCUUUGUCGCUGGACUUUUUGAAAACAGCUGGCUUCUUCUUUCCCGUAUGUGAACCCGAUGACGCGCUCUGUCGUGGACGGGCGUUUGGAAGUUAACCGUGGUUACUAGGUCUUCGUAAGUUCUGUUUCUCAACCACGGAUGGUAUUUUGUUACAGUGUGAGACAAUUCAGUUGAGGAUUUUAUUUUCCUUUUGGUUUUUGGCAAUUACAAACAUUUCAAAGUGUUCCGAAACGUUGGUUGUGUUCAUUUAUUCUGUUUUUGGUCUGAACAUUUUACCCGUUUUUGUUUUUAGUUAUUUUUGUUCAUCAGAUUUGGGGUCAGUCCCCCUACUCGGCCUAUGUUUUAUAUUUAAUUUCCAACUUUUUUAAUGAAGCCAUGGUAUCUUUCUGAUUUUUAACUUGUGUUCAGAUUCAUGGUUUCUCUUGUCUUUCUGAAUUUCGGCUUAACGAUAAUGACUGUAAGCCCAGCCGGUUUGUGGUCUGUUUAUCCCAAAAAAAAAACGUGUGCACUUAAAUGUAAUUUCUUUCUCCCUUUUGUGUAUGUGUGCAUGCUCGAGCAGUACACACGCUUACAGGUGUCUGUGUGUGUGUCCGUACAUGCACACGUACACAUGUAUGCGUGUGUAUAUAUAUACAAAGGUGUGAAUAUCGCUUUGCUUUAACGUUUGCGUUUCUGGAUUGUGUUCAUACUAUAUGACGUGACUGCAGCACACUGUUCUGUGCCCCCAUUCUGGGACAUCACCCCUACACCAUGAAUGUAGAUAUCGUUUGAUCUCAUUUUUCUUCCAAAGUUCUCUACUGAUUUAUUUCUGUUUUUUUCUUUUUAAGUGCUUUUUUCGUCGUUAGUUAAUUGGAAAUUGCCAGGUUUUGUUAUACAUAUUCCUGAUCCGUUUGAGGAGCGAUUGAGAGCUGGACAAAAUGUCUGGUGGUGAUUUUACUGAGUUUGACCAUUCGAAAUCUCGUAUAUAAUUGGAUAAAAGGUGUGCUAUAUUUAUAUAAUUGUUGGCAGAAAUGUGAAAGCCGAUUGAGAAUUUUGGCUGACAUAAAGGGAUAUGGUAAAAACUCAACUGCCGAUUAAAAGGGGGGUGAAUUCUGUUAUCUCUUUAUUGUACAUAUUUUUUUAUUGAAGUUUUAUGUUAGCUGCUAAUUAAUUUGGAUAAACCUACACCAGUGUCUCCGGACACGUGUCCUUUAUUGGCGGGUAUGUCAUCAUCUGCUUCGGUCAUCAGUUGUCUACCCACGUUGGUUUGUUUGUAGAAGUAUUGAAGACGGCAAAGCUUUAAAGUCUUUAUUGCUGAUCCUUUAAAAAAAUUGAUGUUUUCUAUAGCGGAGGGUGUUCUGAUGUCCUUGCAAAUUUAAGUAUUUGGGCAAAUAAAAUCUUAAAAAAUAUAUA